AUCUGCUGUAACAAUCAGUUGUAGUUAAUACGUAGUCAAGGCUACAUCACUCUGCGCGAUUCAGUAGUAGUUACUACAGUAUUCUAACUAGUAUCACACAAGAAAGACAAAAUGGCCAUCGUGCUACUAUCUUUGAUCAUCGGAGCACUUGCAGCUUUUUAUUUUUUCUUGGCACAAAAAAAUAAAUACUGGCAAAAACGUGGAGUUCCAUGCGCGGACGGAGCUCUACCGGGAAUCGGUCACAUGUUGUGGGUGAUAUGUAUGAAAAAGACGCUGCCGGAAUGUUUGCUCAAAUUUUAUAAAGACCACAUGAAUCGUAGCGUGGUCGGAUUCUAUAAUUUCACAUCACCGGCGUUGGUAAUCAUCGAACCGGAACUGGUAAAGACAGUGUUGCAGACGAAUUUCGCGAGCUUCUCCAAAAACGCCAUUGCUAUUGAUCCAGCCUUGGAUCCUCUCCUAGCACAUAAUCCAUUUAACACUACUGGCGACAAAUGGGUGGUCGGCAGAAAGCGUUUUUCUUAUGCGUUUUCCAGUAUGCGACUGAAAAUCCUGCUCGAGAGCGUCAAAUCAGUAUGCGUGACACUCGAAAAUUAUGUGAAUAACAAGAUGAAUAAAGACGGUAAAUUGGAGAUAGAACUGAAGGACUUGUGCUCCAGGUAUACCGCGCAAGUAGUAGCCGCUGCUGGCUUUGGCGUGGACGGACUUUGCUUCGAUGACGAGAAAGAAACUGAAUCCUUCCGAGCAACCGGUCGAACCAUUUUGGAGCCUACUGGAAGGAAUGCGCUUAUGUUGGCUUUAACGUUCCUCGUCCCGUCGUUAAAUAAAAUCUUGAGGAUGAGUUUUAUUCCAAAGCACAUUGAUCGUUUCUUCAGAACAUUAGUCGCGGACCUUAUGGAGCAACGACGAAAGGAUGGCAUACCUAGAAACGACUUUCUUCAUUUAAUGGCUGAAUUAGAGCGAACUGAGAAAGAUAAAUUCGAUCUUGAGAUACUUGCAUCUCAAGCGAUGUCGUUCGUCAUCGAUGGCUUCGAAACCUCUAGUUCUGUUAUGAGUUUUGUUGCCUUUCAUUUGGCCAGUUAUCCAAAAGUACAGGAGAAAUUACGCGAGGAAGUAAUCACUGUACUCGAUAAGUACGAUGGUGUGGUUACUUACGAGGGCUUAAAGGAAAUGACGUAUAUGGAUCAAGUUUUGAAUGAGUCGCAGAGGACCCUACCGGUAGCAGGAUUCAUGACUAAACUAUGUACGGAGAAAUUUGAGUUGAAAGGAUCUGAUGGACUUGUCUGUCACGUGGAGCCUGAUACAAAUAUUCUAAUACCUGUUAACGGUCUGCAUAAAGAUCCUCGUUAUUGGAAAGAUCCUGAAAUAUUCGAUCCCGAAAGAUUUAGUCCGGAAAAGAAACACAGUAUCGAGAAAUUCACUUUUCUUCCCUUCGGUGAAGGUCCGCGAAUUUGCCCGGGAAUGAGAAUGGCUUUAUUACAAAUAAAGGCGGGUCUCGCUGCAAUUCUGAGAAAAUAUCGCCUGGAACUUUCUCCGAGGACACAAGUACCUUUAAAAAUGGUUCCCGGGACCAUCUUAGCAACACCGGAAGGUGGUGUGUGGGUUUAUCUUCAACAGCUUUUGCUCAUAGCACUCUAUUUUUACCUGAAACGAUACAACAAAUAUUGGCAAAAUCAUGGAGUUCUCUGUGCAAAUGGAACCCUACCGGGAGUUGGCCAUAUGAUAUAUACUACUCAAGUUGUAACCGCAGCUGUGUGUGGCUUCGGCGUGGACGGAUUUUGCUUCGAUGACGAAAAAGCAGAUGCGUCCUUCCGAAAAUUUGGAAAGGAGAUUAUGAGGCCUUCUAUGCAAAACGCGAUCCUAUUUAUUCUUGUAAUGUGCAUCCCACCGUUAAAUAAAAUCUUUAAAAUGAGCUUCAUUCCUAAGCAUAUCGAUCGUUUCUUCAGAACAUUGGUUAUGGAUGUUAUAAAACAACGACGAAAAGAGGGAGAACCUAGAAAUGACUUUCUUCAAUUGAUGACAGAAUUAGAGCGGACUGAAAAUGAUAAAUUUGAUGUCGAUAUGCUCGCAUCUGAUGCAAUAUCUUUCUUCAUCGACGGCUACAGCACUACUAGCAGUGCUAUGAGUUUUGUUGCCUUUCAAUUGUCCAUGCAUCCAAAAGUACAGAAAAAAUUACGUGAAGAAGUGAUAACUGUACUCGAUAAGUACGAUGGUAUGAUUACUUACGAAGGCUUGAAGGAAAUGACUUAUAUGGAUCAGGUUUUAAAUGAGUCACAGAGAUUCAUACCUUUAGGAGAAGUCCUGCAGAAAGUAUGUACAGAAGAAUUUGAGCUAAGAGGAUCCGAUGGUCUUGUCUGUCACGUGCAACCUGGUAGAGAGAUCUUGAUACCCGUUAACGCUCUGCAUAAAGAUCCUCGUUAUUGGAAACAUCCUGAAGUGUUCAAUCCAGAAAGAUUCAGUCCAGAUAAGAAACACAGUAUCGAGAAAUUUACUUUUCUUCCCUUCGGUGAAGGCCCGCGAAUCUGUUCGCAGUUGACACGCGCUCAAGGCUGCAACGGUCCGUCUAUUUCAGUCCUGUUAUUCGAGACAAGCGAAAUGGUCGUUAUCCUGGUGUCUUUGAUUCUUGUAGCGCUCGUAACACUCUAUCUCUAUCUAGAAAGAUACAACAAAUACUGGCAAAAUCGUGGAGUUUUUUGCGCAGAUGGAGCCCUGCCGGGAGUUGGUCAUAUGUUGUCAGUGUUCUGCAUGAGAACAACUUUCCCUGAAUGCUGUCACAAGAUCUACAACAAUAAUCAAAAUCACAGUAUGGUAGGAAUCUACAACUUUAUGUCACCGUCAUUGAUGGUUCGCGAGCCGGAAUUGGUGAAAACGGUGUUGCAGACUAAUUUCUCGAGCUUCCAUAUGAAUAGACAAAAAACCGAUCCUGAGGUGGAUCCUCUUCUGGCGAAUCAUCCUUUCGUCAAUUACGGCGAUAAAUGGUUAGCCGGCAGAAAGCGUUUGACUUAUGCAUUUUCCAGCAUGCGACUAAAAAUCCUGCUCGAGAGCGUCAAGUCGGUAGUCGUAAUGCUCGAGAACUAUCUCGAUAACAAAUUGAACAAAAUCGGAAAAGUGGAACUGGAGUUAAAGGACUUGUGCUCUAGAUAUACUGCGCAGGUGGUAGCCGCCGCUGGCUUCGGUGUGGACGGAUUUUGUUUCGACGAUGAAAAACCAGAUGUAUCCUUCCGAAAACUUGGAAAGGAUAUUAUGGAGCCUUCCAUACGGAGCGCGAUCAUGUUUCUCUUUGUGGUUCUCGUUCCGUCGUUGAAUAAAUACCUUAAGGUAAGCUUCAUUCCGAAGCACAUUGAUCGUUUCUUCAGAACGUUGGUCUCGGACAUUAUGGAACAACGACGGAAAGAGGGAAUACCUAGAAAUGACUUUCUUCAUUUGAUGACAGAAUUAGAACGGAUUGAAGGCGAUAAAUUUGAUGUCGAGAUGCUGGCUUCUGAUGCAUUAUCAUUCUUUAUAGAUGGCUACGGCACCACUAGCAGUGCUAUGAGUUUUGUUGCCUUUCAAUUGUCCACACAUCCAAAAGUGCAGGAGAAAUUACGUAAGGAAGUGAUGACUGUACUCGACAGGUACGAUGGUGUGAUUACUUAUGAAGGCUUGAAGGAGAUGACGUAUAUGGACCAGGUUUUGAAUGAGUCGCAGAGAAUGCUUCCUAUAGGAGAAGUCCUCCAGAAAGAAUGUACGGAAGAAUUUGAGCUAAGAGGAUCCGAUGGUCUUGUCUGUCAUGUGCAACCUGGAACGGAGAUCUUGAUACCCAUUAAAAGUCUGCAUGAAGAUCGUCGAUAUUGGGAAAAUCCUGAAGUGUUUGAUCCCGAAAGAUUUAGUCCGGAAAAGAAACACAGUAUCGAGAAAUUCACUUUUCUUCCCUUCGGUGAAGGUCCGCGAAUUUGCCCGGGAAUGAGAAUGGCUUUAUUACAAAUGAAGGCGUUUUUCGCUGCAGUCUUGAGAAAAUAUAGGUUGGAACUUUCCCCGAAGACGCAAGUACCUUUGAAAAUGACACCCAAUGCAAUUAUACCAACACCGAAAGGUGGUAUAUGGAUCUUUUUCCGAAAGCUUUAAAUAUGACAAUUUAAUUCUUAUGUCUGGAAAAUAAAUAUGUAGUUGAUUUUUUUAUAUAAAAUAAAUUUCUUUUUUAAAU